AUGGAACUUUUGAUCAUUUUGUCUGCAUGCAAGACGGCAUCGGCAAGACGCAUCACGGCUGUGAUCCCGUCCUUCCCAUACUCACGGCAGAACAAGAAAGACAAGAGCCGCGUUCCCAUCACAGCCAAGAUGAUUGCGAACAUGAUCACCGUGGCCGGUGCCGAGCAUGUGAUCACGGUGGAUCUGCAUGCAAGUCAGAUUCAGGGAUUCUUUGAUAUCCCUGUGGACAACCUCACGUGUGAGCCAAGCAUCGCGCGCUGGAUCCGUCACAAGGUCGACGACUGGCGCGACGCCAUCAUUGUAUCCCCAGAUGCUGGUGGUGCAAAGCGCGCGACGUCUCUAGCCGACUCGCUCGGCAUUGACUUUGCAUUGAUCAACUGCAGCCGGCACUUGCAGAAAAACCACCGCCAGCGCUCUAACACGAACGAGUCAGCCGAUAUGGCACUCAUGGCCCACAGUCACUCAUCGAGUGAAGUGGCGAAUGGUGUGCACUCUCUAAGCGAGAGCGGCGAAUGGUUCAUAACCAGUGAAGGCGGCGGACGUGUGCGCAGUGGUGGCGCCCGAAAGCAGGUGAGUGCAGCUGAAGAAAGUGCAGAUGAAGUCGACUCCAUUAUGGAGCUGCUCGUCGGCAAUGUGACCGGGAAAACAGCCAUUCUUGUCGAUGACAUGAUCGAUACUGGACGUACGCUUGCACUUGCGUCCAAGACACUUGAAGCGGCUGGCGCCAAGCGUGUGUUUGCGAUUGUGACGCAUGGUUUAUUAUCUGGCCGUGCUAUGGAUCUAAUCACACGCAUGCAGAUUGUCAAGCUCGUGGUCACAAAUACCAUCAGCAAUACAGAAAAGGCAUUGCAGAGCAAUGGCAAGGUCGAGGUCAUUGAUAUGUCGGCUGUGAUUGGAGAAACGAUUCGUCGCUCGCACCAUGGUGAGAGUAUUUCAACCAUGUUCCGUCAGGAUGCUGAAAUGAUGUUUUAA